UUGGACACGACAGCCCUAAUGUCGUUGCCAAUGAAUUCGCUGUACUCGCUCACCUGGGGUGAUUAUGGAACAUCUCUGGUAUCGGCCAUACAAUUGUUGCGCUGCCAUGGCGACCUGGUCGAUUGCACCCUGGCUGCCGGCGGACGCAGUUUUCCGGCCCACAAAAUCGUGCUCUGUGCGGCUUCUCCAUUUCUGUUGGACCUGCUAAAGAACACGCCAUGCAAACAUCCAGUGGUGAUGUUGGCGGGCGUCAACGCCAACGAUUUGGAGGCUUUGCUGGAGUUCGUCUAUCGGGGCGAGGUGAGCGUCGACCAUGGGCAGCUGCCGUCGCUGCUGCAGGCGGCGCAGUGCCUCAAUAUUCAGGGGCUCGCACCGCAGACCGUGACCAAGGAUGACUACACCACGCACUCGAUACAACUGCAACAUAUGAUACCACAGCACCACGACCAGGACCAAUUGAUAGCAACGAUUGCCACGGCGCCGCAGCAAACUGUGCACGCACAGGUUGUUGAGGACAUUCACCACCAAGGCCAGAUAUUGCAAGCGACCACUCAGACCAAUGCCGCCGGACACCAGCAGACGAUUGUGACAGCCGAUACUUCCAAGCACGACCAGGCCGUAAUUCAGAGCUUCUUGCCCGCACGCAAGCGUAAGCCGCGUGUCAAGAAAAUGUCACCAACUGCACCGAAAAUAACCAAAAUUGAAGGAAUGGGAACGAUCAUGGACACGCCGACAACAUCUCACUUGACCGGACAGCAGCAAGUAGUUCAGCAACAGCAAGUCCUGGAUGAAAAUGGCGCGGAAACGCAAUUGUUGACCAGCACACCGAUCAUCAAGAGCGAAGGACAAAAGGUUGAGACUAUUGUUACCAUGGACCCCAACAAUAUGAUACCCGUGACGUCGGCCAAUGCGGCAACUGGUGAAAUAACGACAGCGUCUGGAGCAACUGUAACGACUGGCACUGGUGGCACAACGGCAACGCCUAAAGCCAAACGGACCAAACAUCCGCCCGGGACAGAAAAACCUCGAUCACGCUCUCAAUCGGAACAACCCGCUACUUGCCCCAUUUGCUAUGCCAUCAUACGUCAAUCGCGCAAUCUGCGGCGCCAUCUCGAGCUGCGGCACUUCGCCAAACCGGGCAUCAAGAAGGAGAAGAAAAGUAAGUCCGGUAAUGAUAACACACUCGAGACGAGCACUGAGCUCAAUAACACAACCGUGGGCGACACCAGCGACACAACGGGAACACCAACGGCGGCGGAGACCCCAGUUCGUGCAUCCAGUGGCAAAAAACCGGGCAGCAGCACAUCUGGCUCCGGGCAGACCCAGACGGGCGGCAGUGGAGUAGUCCCUCAAGUGCAGACGGUGCAGUCGCUGCAUCCGCUGCAGGGCGUGCAAGUCAAGAAGGAUCCCGAUGCGCAGCAACAACAGCAACAGCAGCAGCAACAGCAGCAGCAGCAGCAACAACAGCAACAGCAACAAACAAUGACAGUAACCACCACGGCUGGCAGUCAAGUGCAACAGCAGCAGGUGCAGCAGGUGCAACAGGUGCAACAGCAGCAGGCAUUGCAGCAUCACCAGAUCAUCGAUUCGUCUGGCAAUAUGACGACGCCAACAACCAGCGCCCAAGCUGCUGCCCAGCAGCAGGCCAGCAAUCAGCAGCAGCAACAGCAACAACAACAGCAGCAGCAACAGCAACAACCGCAGCUGGUGGCCCAGUCGGAUGGCAGCGAGAGCGGUACACCGCUCUCGAUUGCUCAGGUGCAAACGUUGCAGGGUCAUCAGAUCAUUGGCAAUUUGAACCAGGUGAAUAUGACUGAUUUUCAACAGCAACAACAACAACAACAGCAACAGCAGCAGCAGCAACAACAGCAGCAGCAGCAGCAACAACAACCACCACAGACGCUUUGAGUAGCAAGCACUCACCUAUGACAAAAUUCGAACCGAAUCAUACACCCACUAUUGUAGACCCAA